AUGUGGAAGGCAGUGGCAUCGACGUGGAAACAUUUCAGGCGGCCGCCCAUGCGGACGGCAACAGCGGCGACGGGGAAACAGUUCAGGCAGCUGACCGUGUGGAAGGUAGCGGCGGCGACGGGAGAAACAUUUCAGGCGGCCACCCAUGCGGACGGCAACAGCGGCAACAGGGAAACAGUUCAGGCAGCCGACCGUGUGGAAGGUAGCGGCGGCGUUCGGGAGGUCGUCCAUAGUGGCGAUGACGCCCAACAAGCAGCCUGGCAGAUGACCGCCGACGUCGAGGCGGCAGGCAAGGCAGAGGCUGAAGUGGAAGCGGAGGCUGGCCCAGACGUGGCUGAAGCUGGACCAGACGUGGCCGAAGCUGGACCAGGCGACGGCGAAGCUGACUCGGAGGCAGGACCAGAUGAGGACGAGUCAGCCUCGUCCUCAGGACCAGACGAGGACGAAGCUGACUCGGAGGCAGGACCAGACGAGGACGAAGCUGACUCGGAGGCAGGACCAGACGAGGACGAAGCUGACUCGGAGGCUGGACCAGGCGAGGAUGAAGCCGGAGCUGAAGCUGGACCAGCUGACUCGGAGGCUGGACCAGGCGAGGAUGAAGCCGGAGCUGAAGCUGGACCAGGUGACGGCGUGGGUGAAGCUGAAGCUGGACCAGGCGACGGCGUGGGUGAAGCUGAUGAGGAGACUGCUGCAGGCGACGCUGAUGAAGCGGAUGAAGAGGCUGCUGCAGGCGAGGAUGACGGCUCGGAAGCUGCUGCAGGCGAGGAUGACGACUCGGAAGCUGCUGCAGGCGACGCUGAAGACGAAGCUGAAUCUGGACCAGGCGACGAUGAUGAUGAAGGCAGCGGCAUAGGAGCCGGAGGUGGUGAAGCAGGUGAAGAAGCAGGUUGCUGGAUGGGCUCCUCGGGCCCUCCAGCAGAGACAGGAGGCCGGAGCGGUCCCUCGGACCUUCCAGCGGAGACAGGAGGCCGGAGCGGUCCUUCGGACCCUCCAGCAGAGACAGGAGGCCGGAGCGGUCCCUCGGACCUUCCAGCAGAGACAGGAGGCUGGAGCGGUCCCUCGGACCCUCCAGCAGAGAUGAGGACGGGCUGGCCGGGCUCUCUAGAACCCCCAGCGGAAACAGUCACUGAACCAGCAGGCACAGGGGCCCCCGGCACACACAUGGCUGACUGCAGCUGCGCGGAGCACUGA